UACUCUCUCGACUAGGAACGAUCAGAGUUGUCUUUCUUCAUUUUUUUUUUUUUUGUCGGAAACAGUGGUUCAGCCUCUAACCCGCGCCGUUGGUGAGAUCGCGCCGCCGCUGCUCAUUCAGAUCCUCAAGAGGUAGGGCUAAGGUUUAUAUUUAGGAAAGCCAAAGAUGCAGCAACCACCGCAAAUGAUGCCCAUGAUGCCUUCAUUCCCCCCCACCAAUAUCACCACCGAACAGAUUCAAAAGUAUCUUGAUGAAAACAAAAAGUUGAUAUUGGCCAUACUGGACAACCAAAAUCUGGGGAAACUAGCUGAAUGUGCUCAGUACCAAGCUCAACUUCAGAAGAAUUUGAUGUAUUUAGCUGCAAUUGCUGAUGCCCAGCCACAGGCACCCGCUAUGCCUCCACAGAUGGCCCCACAUCCUGCCAUGCAGCAAGGGGGUUAUUAUAUGCAGCACCCUCAGGCAGCUAUGAUGGCACAGCAAUCAGGACUUUUCCCUCCAAAAGUCCCAUUGCAGUUUGGCAACCCCCAUCAGUUACAAGAUCAGCAGCAGCAACUACACCAACAACACCAGCAAGCAAUGCAAGGGCAAAUGGGACUAAGACCUAUUGGUGGAGCUAACAAUGGCAUGCAUCACCCACAUCAUACUGAGGGUACCCUUGGAGGUGCUAGUGCUGGGGGCCCUGCUCGAAGUUCAGGGCAAACCGAUGGUCGUGGAGGUGGCAAGCAGGACUCCGCUGAUGUGGGAGGUACAGGUGCUGAUGCUCAGGGGAACUCAGCUGGUGGUCGGGGCGGUGGUGGUGAUGGGGAGGAAGCUAAGUAAUGCAGCCUUGUGACUGCUUCCACAUCCACGUGUGGCUGUUUAUAGUAGGUGCUUCGUACGAUAGAACUUCCAUGCUUUGGUGAUAUUAGUAGAUGGAGUAAAGAACCCAAAGUUGUUGAUUGUUUUAGUUUAAGCAGAAUAUGUAGGUACGUUGUGUAUGUGUUGUAAGAGUCUUGAUAUGCAUUUACAUUCCAUGCUUGGCAGUAGAAGGGAGACGAGGUAGUGGUAGACUGGUCUGGACCAGUACUUUCACUUUUAUCUCAUUUUGUAAACAACUUGCGAAAGAUCAGUAGGAUUAGUUAUAAUAUAAUUCUACUGAAGCUUUUCAAGCAGUCGGUUCUGAAA